AUGUCUGUUCUGUUUGGUAAUUUUGUGACCGCCGCUCAAUCCUACGCUGAAAAGGCCGGAUUCCACAUCAAGGGUGGCCUAAUCUCUUUGAUUGUUUAUUGCGGUAACACCUUCAUGCAGCGUAUCGUGUUUUCGUGCCCGGCCACGAACUACGCCCUUUAUGGCAACCUGUUUCUGUACGCGCCGGCUGUUGUCUUAUUCUGCUUGUCACUGCUCGUGUCCGAGUCUUUCUGGCAUCUCACUACGAGCUGCUGCCAUAAGAAAUCAAAACAAAGGGUUUUUAUUUUCGGGGAGUCACAAAAGUACAUCUUCUUUGCGAUGUUGCCGCCGAUUAUGUGGCUUCUUCUGUCCUUUGCAGAUGCGAGGUAUUACAUCUGUGCCAAUGUAGGUCCCGCCACAGAGCAGCAAAGCAUGGCGGCUAGUGCGGAGUCCCAGGUCAUCGCGUGGACUCUCCUUCUCGUUUGCACGACCAUCAUCACACUCGUCUUUACCAUCCAUCGCUUCUUCGCCAAAAUCAACUCGAAAAUACUUGGGCGUAAGGACUUUGAAAAGCUUGAGGCGGCUGAGGCAGUGAGGCUGUUUAAUGAACGGAUCAAGCCGUUGGCCGAGCAGGAAGCAAAGGUUGUGGUUGAUGGGUUGUUUUAAGAGC